AGGAAACAAUAUCAAAGUUCACCAUUACUAGUACACCACCACCUCCCACCCAUAUAUUAUUAUAUCUAUUCAUUCAUCCAUCAGCUUCUCCUAAAUCUCUCCCCUUUCGCCGUCACAGAUCUGUUCUAUCCGUGAAUGCCGAGUUUUGUGCUGUUAUUAUAAUCAUUUUUUUUUUUGGUUUUCUGUUUUCUGAAAAAAAUGGCUCUUGAAUAUCAAGAGGAAUAUGUAAGAAAUUCGAGAGGAGUCCAGCUCUUCACUUGCAGAUGGCUGCCCUUCUCUUCUCCAAAGGCCCUUGUUUUCCUUUGCCAUGGGUAUGGCAUGGAAUGCAGUGGCUUCAUGAAAGGUGUUGGAACCAAGCUUGCAAGCUAUGGUUAUGCCGUGUUUGGAAUUGAUUAUGAAGGACAUGGACGGUCAAUGGGUUCUCGCUGUUACAUCAAAAGGUUUGACAAUAUUGUCAACGAUUGUUGUCUCUUCUUCAAAUCAGUUUGUGACCUAGAGGAGUACAAAGAAAAGAGAAGGUUCUUGUAUGGGGAAUCAAUGGGAGGGGCAGUCACCCUACUACUGCACAAAAUGGACCCGUCUUUCUGGCAUGGCGCAAUUCUUGUUGCCCCUAUGUGUAAGAUAUCCGAGAAGGUGAAGCCACAUCCUCUGGUCAUAAGCAUGCUAACUAAAGUUGAAGAUGUCAUACCGAAGUGGAAAAUAGUUCCCACUAAAGACAUCAUAGACUCUGCGUUCAAGGAUCCAGUGAAACGCGAAGAGAUAAGGGGGAACAAGCUGAUAUACCAAGAGAAGCCCCGACUGAAAACAGCUUUGGAAGUGCUAAGAACUAGCCUGAACCUUGAGGAAAGGUUACACGAGGUCACAUUUCCUUUCUUUGUGCUACACGGGGAAGCUGACAAGGUAACAGAUCCAGAAGUGAGCAAGGCAUUAUAUGAAGAAGCCAGUAGUAAAGACAAGACAAUCAAAUUGUAUCCAGGGAUGUGGCAUGGCCUCACGUCCGGUGAGCCUGAUAACAACAUAGAAAUUGUGUUUUCAGACAUCAUUUCUUGGCUUGACAAGCGGUCUGGAAAUGGAAAUGAUGAUACACUUAUCACUUCCCUAGAGUUCUCACCGGCUCCUACCCCGGGGAAAACACCAACAAGAAGAGCAAAGCCAUCAUCAAACAGGAAUUAUUUUUGCGGGUGGAAGGGUCGUAGUGUACAAUAUCGUUCUGCAAUGUGAACAUAUUAGUGGUACAAUAUCGUUCUGCAAUGUGAACAUACUAGUGUUUCAUGUUCAAUACUGACUUUCCUUUUUUAUUAAUGGAAAGACACUACCUCCGUCUAAAAAACAAUGUGUGUUAUUUAUCACUAUAUGAUUAAUGGAUGCAUAGUUGUUUCAUGUUAUAAAUAAAAUCUGAGAAUUAAUGAUUAA